AUGGUGAUGAUGACUGGCCGUGUGCUGCUGGUGUGUGCCCUCUGCGUGCUGUGGUGCGGUGCCGGCGGUGGUGGACGAGCUGAAACAACUCCAGUCGUUCCGGGUAAUGCGUCCGACGGGAGCACUCAAAAAGAAGAGGCCGUCGGUGGCGCUGGAGGAGGUGGCCAAAACGAUCAAUCAGAAGCCUUACAAGCGGCAGAAGGAGUAUCGGUGCAAGGCGCAACGGGAACGGUAGUUGCACUACAAACUGGAACACAAUUAGCACCAAAAACGGCAGACGCGGAGAAGAAAGGCAAGGAUCAAACGCAAGACGUUGAAGAUGUUGUUGUUAAAAAGGGUAAAGAGCAGGAACCGAAAGAGGAGGAAGAAGACAAUGGGAUUGAGCAAGAAGAAGAGGAAAGAGAAGAAGAGGAAGAAGAGGAGAAAAAGCAUGAAGACGCUGUUACCGGCACCACAAAUGGGACCUCAGCAGGCAGUCAAAAGCAGCCAAGUUUUUCUUCUGGUGCGGAGGGAGCAUCGAAUAAUACAAAUCCCAAAAGCACCCAAACAGCUGGAGACGAUGAUCCAGCAGCCGAUGUUUCAGGGACAGCAGAAGGAAAACAAAAUGAAAAUAAAGAAGCCAAUCCGAAGGAAACACCAGUCGAAGCCACAGCCAUGAAAACUACAACGGCGACAACUGGCGACAGUGACAGCAGCACCGCGGUCUCCCACACCACCUCCCCUCUUUUGCUUCUUCUUGUUGUUGCGUGUGCGGCUGCUGCUGCGGUGGUGACCGCGUGA